CUCUGUCCGUCCGCUCGACUGGCUGCCUUUCUGGGGAGGCUUUAGGGGGUGGCAGCCGGGCGGAGCCUGAAUCUGAGGUAGAGCAUGGAGAGAAGUUGGGGCGGCAGUCGAAUGGGGUGGGCGACGGGAGCCGGACACUGGAAUCGGCUGUCCUGACGUUCAUACUGGCGAGGACUCAGAACUUGAAGCAGAAGAAUGCGCCUUCCUGGAAGCAACAAGUCUACAGACCCUUCCUCUGCUCCAAACUCUCCUCAGGGGAAAUUGCUGCUGUUUUCUGGCUGUGGUCACAAAGGGCAUCUACGUCAUUCCUAUACCGAGAUGAUAUUACCAGUAACUCGAUGAUCUUCAGAUCAAUGCGGAGGCUCCCUUUUCACAUCAUUGAAGGCCAGUGGAUUCUUCUUGCCUGUCUGUAGUUGAUGAACAGAAGAUCACCUGCAAAGGCUCUACUGUGACCAUCAUGGCCAUAGUGCAGACCUUGCCUGUCUCCAUUGAAUCUGCCACUGAAGGGGCUUCCCAACUCUGUACUAGUGCCAGCUCAUCCCCUGCAAACAUGGGAAGUGUCAGUAGCCUUAUUUCAGGCCGGCCUUGCCAUAAGGCCACAUCUGAGUUUGGUGCUUUCCCCCUGCGUGGAAAUGCUGGCUCCCAAGAGCUUCUGUGCCAUGGACUCCCUACAAAGAAGACCAGCUAUGCUUACGGCAAUGAAGAAGACUGGACUGAAGCUGUAUCCCCCAUCAGCCCCUGUAGUGAUGCAGAAGAUCUCCAGGAUGAGAAGCCACGGAGUGGCAUCAUCCGUGGACCACCUCCCAAGUUGGUCCCUGUUUCGGGGAAACUUGAGAAGAACAUAGAGAAGACGCUAAUUCGCCCCACAGCCUUCAAGCCAGUUAUGCCCAAGAACCGCAACCUCCCACUGCAGAGCCACUUGGUUCUGUGUCCUGGGACUUCGGUGCUCUCUGAGAGCCAAUCCAGCCUAGCCCAGCUCUUUGGUGCCAAUGCUGUAACCACUGCAGAGAAGCUCAGUUCUUUGAGCUGCCGCACCAGUUCCCACUCUGGGACAAUGUCAGACUCUGGGCGUAAUUCCCUCUCCAGCCUUCCCACAUACAGCACGGGGGGCAGCCAGCAAAUAGAACCAGUCAGCCUCUCCAUAGGCCAUGCUAAUCUUGACAGCCAUGGCAGCGGCAGCUCACGCGGUCUUACUGGCCCAUCAAAUUCAGACAGUGGGCGGUCAUCCUCAAGCAAGAGCACGGGUUCCCUGAGUGGCCGUGGGCACCCUUCCUCUGACAGUGGCUCCUGUGAGGGACGUUCCCCUAUGCACAAUGGCGCGGAUGAAGCCCUUCUUGUCCAUGAACUUGAAGAGAAGCUGAGGGAGCGUGAAGCUGAGCUGCAGCAUUUAAGAGAGAGUCUGGAUGAGAAUGAGGUGGCCAUUUGCCAGCCUCAGUGGAGAAAAAGGCUGGGUGUCUACAGCAGCGAGUGGAAUACUGCUAGAAAAUCCUCUGUAUAUGAGGAAAAGCAGAGGCGGUGCGAAGAGGAGAUGGAAGAGCUCCGGCAGGGCUUCAGUGCUAAGCUGCAGCAAUCAGCCCAAAAGGCUCAGCGUAGUCAGCAGGUGUUGCAACUACAGAUUUACCAGUUGCAGCAGGAGAAGAAGAAACUCCAGGAGGAUUUUGUGCAGCUGCUGGCCGAGCGUGAGCUGCUAGAGCAACGCUGUGCCAACUUUGAGCGGGAACACACCGAGCUGGGGCCCCGGUUGGAAGAGACCAAGUGGGAAGUUUGCCAGAAGUCAGGUGAGAUCUCAUUACUGAAACAACAACUGAAGGAGUCUCACGCAGAGGUUGUGCAGCGGGGUAAUGAGCUUGUGUUACUAAGGGCCCAACUAAGAGAAGCACGGGCUGAGCUGCAGACGAGCGAAGAACAGGCCUUGAGUUUGCAGGAGAUGGCCCGUACCAAGGCAAUGGAGUUAGAAGUAUGUGCCAAUGAGCUGGCCAGGCGCAAGAGUGAAGCAGAGCUGCUACGUGAGAAAGUAGGGCGGUUGGAGCACGAAUUAGAUGCCUUGCGCAGCACUAGUGGAGAACUCUGCCCCCUGUUGGCUGAAUGUGAUGAAGUAAAAGCUCAGCGACAAGCAGCGGAUACCCUGCAGGGUUUGCGUGCACAAGCUGAACGGCUGCGCACAGAGCUAUUGUGUGAGCGACGCCGUGGGGAGGAGCAACGGGAAGUUUUCCAGGCUGAGCGUAUCACUUGGCAAAGUGAGAAGGACAGGGUCAUCCGCUACCAGAAGCAACUGCAGCACAAUUACAUCCAGAUGUAUCGGCACAAUCGCGAUUUAGAGUGCCAACUACGCCAUCUCAGUCUUGAACUUGAGGCCCGGGACAUGGAUGAAUAUGAGCUGCAUGGAAGUGAAGGCAUCUGCUUGGAGGAGAUUGCAGCUACUGAGAUCUGAACAUGCCUGUGGAAGCCGUAGUGAAUGGGCCACACUGCCACAAAGGGAUAUUGGCCAGGCUGGAGCAUGUUUCUCUGGGAUUUUGUCUGACUGAGCAACUGAGAAUGCAGUGAGUCUCAGUUCAGUAAUGGAAAGAGAUACCUUUCCAGUCAUAAAUCCCAGUGAUAGAACUUGUUCUGUCACUUAAACUUGGUCAUGAACUCUCAGUAAGUCAACAGUUUAAUGGCUAUUAAAAGUAGAAUAGUGUGUGAAGCCAGGCAGCUUGCCUUAACUCUAGGAGGUAUAGGAGGACCUGGUUAAAGAUUUCCUGGCCAACCUAGGAGAAGGAGAAUCCAAAUCCUUCCUUUGAAAGCAGCAGCAGCCUUUAUCCCACCAUUUCACUGGAAAUGAAGCAGGAAUAGCCUUUGUUUUUGUAAGGGGCUGUUAAACGCUGCUGCCUUUCAAGUCCCAAUGUUAUUUGGCCUUCCGUAAGACCUUGGGAAUCACCACUUGCCUCUUGCUCUUCGGGCUGGUUGGAGAUGAGGGUAGCAUGGAUGGGAAUGCCAGGAUUGUGUAGAGCACUUUUGCUUCUACUCUGCUCCUCUUUUAUCUUUUUAUAAUGGCCCCAUAGACUGUCAGCCACCAUUUGCUGAAUUUGGGGAGAUUUGGCUGUUCAACAGCUAAUUAGCUGCUAAUCCAGUUAGAUGCCAGUUUUAGGCUGGCUGAGGAAGCUUUGUCUAUAGAAGGCUUUUCUUGGAUUUUUAGUCCACUUCUCUGCUGUAUGUGAAGUAUAUCUUUUUUUAAAAAAAUCCAAACACAUAAAUGCAUACAAUCAAAACUUGUGCUAUGGACCCUGUUACUGUGCAGAUGAAAUACAUUUGCAUUUAUUUCCUUUUUUGCACAUGCAUCCUGUAGUUAGGAAGGGCAAGGACCUUUGUAGGCAAUUCUUUGGCCAAUAGAUGAUGUGGGCCAAAGAAUUGGGGAUCUGGGCAUUAGUCCAAGCUUAUUUCUUUUUAUAGGACAAAAAUGUUAAUAAAUUGUACUAGGUUCAAAGCUGAUUCUCAGGAUUCUAAAUUCUGUUAUUUUUAAAAGCCGAAAAGAAUUGCGGAAUACAUGUAGUCCUUUGGCUUCUCCCACAUAAAGCUUUGUAGAAAGACCCUAUGCUUUUUUUAAAGGGAAAGCAUACUGACUCCAGUGCUAUGGAACAGAGACAUAGUCUCUCUCUCUCUCUCUCUCUCUCUCUCUCUCUCUCUCUCUCUCUCUCUCUCUCUCUCCCCUAACCCCCCUCCCCCCCCCAAACAUAUUGCUGCAUCCAUAUUAUUGACUUACCUGAGAGUAAGACUGUUCAACUCAGUGGGACUUGCUUCUCGGUAAGCAUGAAUAAGAGUGUAUUAUAAAAGCCAAAGAUACUUAAAACAGAUCUCAGGAUUUGGUUAUCCCAGGAGCCUAUCUCUAGAUUAUGGGACCAAAAUUUGGCAGAUAAAAUGUUGGAAUUCAGUGUCACUAGAUUUUGUGCACUUACUUUAUUUGCUUUGUUUUUUUAAAAAAAAUCCAGAGUAUCUCUUCCCUUCAACCCCUCAUCCCAGCUCUAUACCAAAUAUUUUGGCUCCACUGUUUCUGUUCUUAUUACUUUGUCAUCGCUGCUCUCCUCCCCCUUCUUGAAGGGUGAGUUUUAAAACAAAAACUAAGCAGAGCAGAACUAUGUGAGGGCAUCUGGAUGACUCCACUUCCUCUUACCUACCUUUUCUGUCCUUGGUUGGAACGCUACUCAGAGUGUCUUUCUCGUGACCUUGCUUGCUUGGGUAUGUCUCUCUCACCACUCACCUUCAUCCAGCCUCUACCUGUUUGCCCAACAACAUCCUUGUCCUGUUUAUCUGAGGGUCAAAGAUGGCUGAGUUUAAAUCUCCUGCAUUUCCCUGAUAAUAGUCUUGUUUCCUUCUACAAUAUCCUCUACAGUUCCGGAAGUUCCAUUUCCCAGGCAUCCAUAUUCCCUUCCCAUCAUUUUUGCAAGAUCUGGUCUAGUCUGAACCAUGAUCAUUGUGAAGUCCUACAAAUGUUUGCAGGGCAGUCUAUCCUGUUGGGGUACAAUAACUACUUUUAAUCUGCUCAAGACUAAUUGCAUACCACAAUAUGGUUCCUAGUCUGUGCAGCUUCCUUUCUUUUAAAGCUGUCCAUGCAUCUGUACUCGAAUCAAGUUUAUUGAUUGCAUUUGGAUAGAAUUAAUUUCAGUGGGUACUCAGUCCAGACCUACUGUUGAUUUCCUACCCACACAGGCCAGUGACAACUGCAGGGAGCUCCUUUCAAAGAAAAGAAGUUCUUUUUGCAGAGGGUAAUGUGGACCUAUCCCAGGGGUCUGCAAACUUGGCUCUUUUAAGACUUGUGGACUUCAACUCCCAGAGUUCCUCAGCCAGCAAAGCUUGGCUUUGCUGGCUGAGGUUGAAGUCCACGUCUUAAAAGAGCCAAGUUUGCAGACCCCUGAACUUUCCAGUCUUCUAUAAAGAAAGAUAUGGGGGCUACUCAGCGGUGAAAUUCAGCCGGCUCUGUCCGGAUUGCGCAAUCCAGUAGCGGCGGGAGGCUCCGCCCACCCGCCCGGACGUCCUCACGUCCCAUUUUUGACCCUCUGCGCAUGCACAGAAGGCUCUGCAUGCGUGGAGGAGGCGUGUGUGAGCAUAGCAAGUGCGCACGCACGCUCACAUUUGCAAAUCGGUAGCGAAGGUAAGUGAAUACUACCCCUGUGGCUACUAAAUUGUUAACUGACCUCCUCUUUGUCUUCCAGUGUAUGCUCAGGAGAAAAAUGGUCAGUGAAACAGGGUAAGUCAGAAUUGUGGACUGCAGAAAAGCCAUUCCCAAAGGAACUGGGCUAACAAAAUAGCCAGUUAACUACAGAUUGAAGUGCUCUCUUUCCUGGAGAGAUAUGAGUCUUCUUUUCAGGAUAAAGUAAACAAACUUCUUUGAGGUUACAAGAGGCUGAAGAGAUUUGGAUCAGUGGGUUGAAUAAAGGACCCUCAUAGCAGGUUUUAUAUUUUGGUUCCAACCCAUGAGAAUCAAACCAGACAGUGCAAGGCAUGCUCACUAUGUCAGCUUGGUUAGAUUUUGUUAGCCUUUUUCCUCUGGCUAUAAAUUCUAUAUAAAGUCAACUGCUCAGAAUUGGUGCUUUGGCUGGGAAGCAGCCAAAGUACAGCAUACUGUAGUUUUGACAUCUUAUUUAGGCCAAUCCGGGAAGAAUUGCCAUAUUGCUAGAAUAGAGAGCAGCUGCUUCUGCUAGCUUAGUGUAACUUUUGCUUCAGGUCCUCUUGUUCUUCUUCACGCAAAAAUGAACAGAUAGAAAAAAUUGUGAAGGGUGUAGUAGCCCAGUUAGAGUUUGGGACUAUUUGCAAGAGGAUGAUAGCAUUUAGCUAUACUCGGGAAAUUCUGUGUAUUCCAAGAGAAGAGGCCAUCUGAGUUCACUUCUGGACAUUGUUACCUUUUGCCCACUGUUACAAGAGCUUGCAAAAUGGAUGUGUUGAUACACCACCAUUAGACCAAAGGAAAAGCUUGGUGCAUGUCAUUUCUAUAACUAUUAGCAACCUAUACCUCUUGUUUAACCCACUUUAAGCACCACUGUAUAUUUUUCUUUUACUUUAUUUCUGAAAUUGUAUAUUUUCCAGGUGGUGUAAAUUUCUUGUACAAACCAAAAGAAAAGUGUGAAAUAAAAAAACAACUAAGAAA